AUGGCAGACAAAUCUGACAUGGGGGAAAUCGCCAGCUUCAAUAAGUCGAAGCUGAAGAAAACUGAAACGCAGAAGAACACCCUGGCGACCAAAGAGAUCACUGAACAGGAAAAGCAGAGUGAAAUUUCCUAAGAACCUAGAGGGUCCCUGCCGACCAAAGAGACAUUGAA